AUGUCAUCUCUAUGCCGAUGGCGACCAUCAGUCUUUGUGUGGCUGAUUUUCUGUAUCACAUGUCUGCACGAAAUAGCUUUGAUAAGUGCAUGCUCAUUCAUUGUCGGUAACUUUGAGACAGAUGUGGCGAGUCUGGAAGCUGCCAACACAUUGAGCAGACUACGAGGACCGGACUUGACCAACACCGUCUUUCACGACGGCUGGUUCCUGCUUCAUAAUCUGUUGUGGAUGACAGGUAGCUUGGUGGCCCAGCCUCUCGUUGCCACAGGUGCGGACGGACGUGUUGAAAUGGCUGUUGUAUUCAAUGGUGAGAUUUACAAUUGGCGAUCCCUGCUGCCGGGUCAGAACAUUUCAUCCGAUGGGCAAGUUCUGUUGCCUGCUUACAAGAAGUGGGGGGCGGCAAAUAUGGCCAACAAAUUGGACGGAGAAUUCGCAAUUGUCAUCGUCGACUUUUUGACCGAGACGGUUGCCUUCCUGACAGACCCGUUCGGCACCAAACCCAUUUUCUUUGCCUUUGGCACCCUCGGCAGAUUUGCAGUGGCCACAUACAGAUCCGCACUGACAGGCUUGGGGUUUGAUGCCUCAGUUGACAUUUUCAUGGCGGAUCCGAACACGCUCUUCGUUGCUUCCUUCGAAGAGCUAAAGCGCUGGAACUGGCGUUCAAUGCAGAAAAACUCUCUGCAAGGCUUGUGUUCUUCUGCUUGGAAUGGUCAUCGCAGGAACUGCAGCGUUUAUUGCGACUGUGCAGUUUGGCCUUUCUUCAGACAAUUUCCGCUGUUCAACUGGAACCUGACGCAGUUCAAAGAGUCCACGUCGGACUGGCAGUUUGCGUUUGAAAAAGCAAUCGCAAAACGAACCCUUGACUUGAACUGGCAGCUUUGCACGGGCUUGUCUCAUGGCUAUGACUCGGGAGGUGUUCACCUGGCUUUGGCCUUGCAGUAUGUGCCGCACCACACCUUCACAAUCCCUGGAUCCGAAAACGUGACUGUGAUCAGGCAACGGCUGAAGUUGCAUGGCUCCUCGUCGACGGAACAUUUCAUACCGAUGGAUGAGUUUGAGUACUCCCGGAAUCAGGUGUGGAUAUCUCAGUGGGCGGAGCCAUUCACCUACAACGAGCACAGGUUUUCAAAUUAUGGAGUUGUGUUGGAUCAGGCAGCAGUGGCACUCGUGAAGAUCUUCAGGAGUUGCAAGGAGCAGGGAGGGAGGAUUUUCAUGUCUGGGGCGGGGGGUGAUGAAAUCCUUUCACAAUACAAGACUGAUCCUAGUGAGAUGCUUCCCGACGACCUGUCGUCUGUAUUUCCCUGGCCAGACUUCUACUUUGCAAGGCAACGAAACUUUUUGAUGAAAGAGGAAACCAUUGCCGGAGCCUUGGGUAUGGAAACUCGAUAUCCUUUCUUGGACCGCUCUGUUGUCCAGGAGUUUCUGUGGCUGAGUCCAGCAGUGAAAAGAUCGCUGUACAAGCGUCCGUUACAUGACUUCAUGCUGCAGCAUGGGUACCCGUUUAAAAGAGGGGAUAAGACCGGCUUUGUCAACGUGAAGCGCUGA